AUGAAGAAGUUUUUGGUUUUAUUCAUUUUAAUAACAAUUUUCGCUGCAUCACAUCAAUGCUUUGCAAAUUUAAGAAAAGAUUUUUGUGAUUCUGUCCAAAAGCCAAUCAGAUGCAAUCCAGCACUGAAAUAUCGACCAAUUAAUGGCAGAUGCAAUAAUUUGUUAAAACCAUAUCUUGGUGCUGCAAAUACAAAACUUAGACGACUCAUAAAAUCUAAUGUACUGUGAUGGCAUUUCAGUUCCUCCAAAAUCAGUAACUGGAGCUGAACUUCCUAGUGCUAGAUUAAUAUCGCUUGAAGUCUUCAAUGAUACAAACAUUCUGAACCCAAAAUUUACUCAAGCAUUCAUGCAGUUUGCACAAAUGAUUGCUCAUGACAUCGGAAAUGUUUUGAGUGCUCCAACUGAACGUGGAUGCUGCAAAAGUGAUGGAAAACUUGUUUCAAACCCUGAUUCAAGUUGCCUGUACAUACCAGUGCCUGAAAAUGAUUCAAUUCAUUCAGAAAUGAUGUGCUUAAAUUUUGUCAGAUCCAUGACAAAUAAUGACAUGCAAUGUCCAGUAUAUCCGAUAAAACCUGCAGAACAAAUAAAUGCAGCAACAGCAAGUUUGGAUUUAUCUCAUGUUUAUGGAAUUAGCGAGGAAAGUUUAAAAAGUCAACGUUUAUUCCAAAAUGGUAUGUUGGCAAUGGAAAAACGUUUUAAUUCGACCUGGCCAAUUCAUGAUCCAAAUACUAAGAAUUCAUGCUUCACUGAAAACUCACAAGAGACUUGCUAUAUCAGUGGUGAUCCCAGGAUUAAUCAGAGUCCAACAUUGUCAGUAAUGCAAAUUUUAUUUAUCCGAGAACACAAUCGAAUCGCAUUAGAACUGCAGAAAUUGAAUCCACAUUGGUCAGAUGAGACUUUAUUUCAAGAAGCAAGACGCAUUAACAUUGCUGAAUUUCAGUAUAUUGCUUACUACGGAUGGUUUUAUUCAAUUGUGGGAGUUAAAAAUUUGGAGUCACUUGGUUAUUAUUAUCAGCCAUCCGGCAGUGAAUAUGCUAAUGACUAUAAUGCAACUUUGGAUCUGAGCGUUAUGAAUGAGUUUACUUCCGGAGUAUUUAGGCUUCUUCACUCAACAAUUGAUGGACGUUUAAGAAAAGUCUCUGAAGCUCAUACACUUGAGGAUGUUGUAAGAUUAUCAGAUCACUUUCUCCGACCAAAAGUUAUAGAGGGAAGCUACGAUAGCUUUGUCCGUGGAAUGUUGGCUCAGCCAGCUCAAUUCUUUGACAAAAACUAUGACGAAGAAAUUCGAUCAUUUCUGUUCAGAUUUCAAAAGAAAUAUGGAAGUGAUAUGAAGGCGAUAGACAUUCAAAGAGGCCGUGAUCAUGGACUUGCGAGCUACAAUGAUUUAAGAAGUUUCUGUGGUCUUUCAAGAGCUUCAAAAUGGGAAGAUUUUGUUGAUCAUAUUCCUGUAAAUGAUGUUGAAAACUUAAAGAAGGUCUAUGCAGAUGUCAAUGAUGUUGAUUUAAAUGUUGGAUCAUCUUUAGAACGACCAUAUGCGCCUAAUACAAUGAUUGGAAUCACUUAUGCAUGCAUUCUUAAAAUUCAGGUUAAAGCUUUUCGUUCUGGUGAUCGUUUCUGGUUUGAAAAUAAUGAUCCAGCAGCUAGAUUUACUCCAAAUCAGCUAGCAGAGAUCAGAAAAGCUAGUUUUUCAAGAAUAAUAUGUGACAAUACAGAAAGCAUCUUUAGUGUUUCUCAAAAUGCAUUUUUGAUUCCAAAUGAUUUCAACAAUACAUAUGUGAAUUGCUCUGACUUGCCUGUCGUUGAUUUGUCAUUGUUCAAAGAACAUAUUGCUGGAUAA